CAGCGAGCCCCUGCACCCCCGAACGAGGCAGCGUGGCACACAUCAUCCAACAUUCCAACAUCCCCUGGCCAAAAUCAGCGUUUCACGAGGAUAUCCCUGACACCGCCUGCUUUCGGAUCUCACUUUUACAUUCAUUUUGCUUUCCCAUCUACAACAUCGUUCCUCCAUCCCCCCCCCUCGCUCCCUCUCUUUCUCUCCCUCCUACACCCUCCCCGCAUCCUUUAACCACCUGAGACGGACUAUGUCCCGGACACUACGCUGAGUAUCUUGUUGCUUGCUCUGCACAAACCACAAAAAGCUUGCAACAAGCCUCAAACCACCCACCCAGCAGACCCCCCAAAAGUACUCUAUCGCUCUCCCAUAAUCCAACAACAGCUAUCAUGGUCUUGUCCCUACCCCACUUCUCCUCGGGGGUCUUUUCCUUGUUCGACACCUCUCCGCCUGUCGUAUACCCCUCCAAGCCUAAACCGCUGCAUCGCGCGAGAUCAAAGACCACGACAGCCGUCUCUACGCCUUCCUCACCCUCACUGGCACCUCCUCCCUUUCCCAGGCUCCGGCAACAAACUUCCAGACACUCUCUUACUACCCACCAGCCUCAGGAAGGCCAAGGAAAGGCAACAAAAACACUCGCUGCGAGCAUGUCGGCGCUGGACCUAGGGGCGAUGUGGCAGCCCCUGCCUGGGGGAGGGCUCGAAGAGAGGAGGCGGUCAAUCAGCCAACUGGACGGAGGCAAGCCUAUGCGUCCAGGGCACAGGCGCUGCCAGAGUGCUCUCCCUGCUCCCCAGUCCCCGCCCCUCCCAACUCUGUCGACUAUCUCCCUAUCACCCUCUACCGACUAUGGGCCGCGGCCUUCGCUCCAAGAGUACUCGCGAAACUCGCUCUCCUCUUCAAGUGCGACUAGUCUCCCCACACUGACCGAGAUGGGCCAGAAUAUGGAUGCGGAGGAUGUGGGGGUGAGCGCGAGCGGGCCAGUAACGAGCGGUGGCCGGGUGUCCAUUCCUCCGUCCCCCAUCGUCCGACCCAGCGCCAGGCUGAGCCGUGGCUCUAGUGUCAUCUCCCUCUCCAGUUCACCGUCCUCGAGUCUUCUGCAUACUCCUGGCGAGGACAGUCGCCACAGAUCCCUCGUCCCUCCGCCCCAGCCAGCCCCCCCAGAGGCGCGCAAUCACGCUUCCAUGCCACCUCCUCCACUCCAUCCUUCCCCUGCAACCAUCACCUACUCUCCUUCAAAGACAUUCCACCGUCCCAGACCCUCGCGGACACAGUCGUUCCGUGAUGUCGACUCAAUCAGCGGUCUCAAACGCCCGUCACAUAGUCGCAGGGCGUCAGUGGAUAGUCUAGCCUCGGCGGAGGUGUCGGAUGUGGCAGUCAUGGCUACUUGGAGCUUUCCAGCCAGUCCGAGUCCAGAAAAGAAGACGCCCACAAAGCUAGAUGUGGAAGAAGACCCGGAUAGAGGGCGGAGACUAGGGUCGUCCAACAGACUUCGGGAAAGGCUCAAGAGCCUGUCAGAGCUGGAUACCAGCCGGCGACCCCCCAACAACUCUGCGUCUAGUCUGAGUGGCAGGACGAGCACGAGUAGCAUGGACAGCACCGAUAUCGUCAUCCGCCCAUCACGGCCGCUCCCAUCGCAUCUCACAUCGCGCCAUCGCCAUACUCAUUCAUCUCCCAACGUACUCUUUCAAACGGCGGCCCCCGGGGCGGCCCCCGGGACUGGUUCCCCAGGCGCCAUGGGUCCACCACUACAACCUCUCCUCCCACCCCCCAGACCUCAGAGACGUACUACGACCACCAGACUACGGAACCCAAAUCCGCUCUCGAUGCACAGCCAGUCGGCAGCGAGUCUGCACCGGGCCAGCAGCGUGGGCGCUGGGAAGGGAGAGCUGAGCUCGUCGCCGGGGAGUAUGGUGUCGGAUACGACUACAUGUCCUAGUCCGACCAGCUCUAUACGCUCACUGCCUGCGGGAAGCAUGAUGAGCAUACCGGCUAUACAUUUGAAUGGAGAGACCGCUGUGGCAGAGGCAGAGAGUAGGUGGUGGGGAGCACUAGGGAGCUUUAGGAGAUCAUUGUCAAAGAGCGACUUGCUCUCUACUGGCGAGGUGAUCGUGUCCAAAAGUGGGAGCGUUGGCGAGACUGAGAAUGGGACUGAAGAGUUUGGGUUGGAUUUGGAUGAUAAUGAGGAGGAAUACAUCGACAUGGACCAUAUGUAGUACUACCAAUUUCUAGUUUAGACAACACAUAUCACUUUCUGUCUAUAUAUAUCUUCUAUUCCCUGUGGCUAGUGUCUUUGUUGUUUAUUAUGAGGCCAUACGGACGGACGGAUCGAUAUAGACGACGACUUAGUAACGAAUGAAUAUGACAGUACGAUCUAAUAA